AUGUCUAACGGUUGCUCUUUUCCGUGGCUUGAACAGGAAGAUGAGUGGUGGAAGCACACACUGCGCAACGCCACACGUCAAAUGCGCUGGCGCGAAGAAGCUAGCCGCAAGUGUGGUAAGCAGUCGACCUGGCGUGAGUCCUUCGACGGAGCCGAGUCAGAGGUUAACAUCCAUGCAUCAACCGCUCUUCUCAAAUCGCGUAGCCAGUGCCAAGCCACGUCUGCACUGGCCGAUGCUGAGCUUGCAGCGUGUGAUGAGUUUGAGCUUUUCACAAAAAUGAAAAUCAAAGGGGCGGGACGUGCCAUCCUGCGUCAGCUCCUCACUGAUUCAAUUUUUACUUGGAGGCGACGGUGGCGGAUGGAACAGGUCCCCUCCCCAGCAUGUUCCUUCUGUGACUCUGGUGUUGACGAAACUAUCAUGCGCAUCAACUGGCACUGCCCAGCUUGGGCCGAUCAACGAGCAGCCUAUGUAAAACAGUAUGGCGUGCCCACUCUCCCGUGUGAAGCGUGCUGUGGCAUUCUACCAGAGAACGCCCACCUUGAUUCGCUGUCCGUGCCAUUGGCAUGGGAGCCUCCGGAACCUGCGUGUCCUUUGCCACCCUUGCAGUGUUCUCAAGGGACCCGUUCCCGUGAUGGGCACACGUUGGUUAAAGGUCAUAGCAAGAUUGAGGACUGCCAUGGCGAUGAUCAGCUUUUGCUACACGAGCAAUACAAUGACCCUGCUGAUGAAGCAUCUGUCCAGCAGGCAGCUUUUCCUGGCUUUGCGUGGCACGAGCGCAAGAAAUCCAAGAAAAUUCUGCGCUGGAGAUAUCCUGUGGCCGACUUGAAAGCUUACAACGGAGAACAUGUCACAUGGCUCGAAUUGGCGCUGGACUUUCAAGCUUGUACUCACAUGGGACUUUGCCAGUCUGACGGCAAUGGUGAGAAGGAGCUAGCCGGCAAAGGCGACGACUCGCUGCAUUGUGAGAAGUGCCAAGAGACAACAGACUUUGUAGGGUGGAAGCGAAAGUGGCAGCAGCGUUUCUGUGGAGGCAUGGCCGAUGAAGGUCCACAAGAUGCGCGCCGCUUGCAUCUCAUUGCAGAGCCUACGGCUCGCGAUGGCCGCAUUCGCUGCACCAAACCUGGAUGUCGUGCUCACCUGGCGAUUCUUUCUUCUUUUGGCUGCAUCACCCGUGCAUGGUUGCGGCUCUAUGGAGAUGAUGAUGAGGAAAACACUGGGCCACCCCAGGCCAUUCCAAUGUUCGCAGUCCUCGCGCUCGUCCUGGCCGUUGGCAGCGCCAGGAAGACUCCUUCCGCACAGGGCAUGGCAGCGGAUCUGAUCUGGUCCCGAUUUUCCAAGGCAAAGGUCGUGCUGUCCACGGAGCCGACAGUGCUGCUCAACAGCAGUGCUAUCGUCAGCGCUCCGACAUCAGCCGAUGAGCUUCAUGGCAUCGGUGCUGUUUCGAAGUCUGUCGGUCGUGACAUAAAGGAGGGUAUCUCCAUCGAGACGCUCGCAUCGUCACCGGUUCCUGCCAACAUGUCAACCUCAACUUCUUCUGAUGCGAAGAUACUUGGCUGGGAGGGGCUGCCGCCUUCGGUGCCACCUGCGGCUACUGCUGAGGAAGCACCACAGGAAGAGACUGCAGGCUUGCUCCUUGACGAAACGGCCACGGGAGAUCUUGCUUCGGCAGCGGGGUCUUACGAGCAUCUGGAGUUGGGCGGUGGAGAUGCCACGAUGUGCGGCUAUGAGGUGGGUGAUGGUUGGGGUUUGGUGCGUCGCACGGAGGGGAGCACCUUCCGCGACACGGAUCAGCUUACUGGUACCAGCGAGCAUGGAACGGCACACAGCAAUCCCCGAGGGCCAGCAUUCAGCAAAAAGUUCGACACCGCUCACUUCGAUGAGUUCCUCUUCGCGACCGGGGACUGCGCAAAGUGGAUGAUCAUGAAGAGGUCCGAGGUGCUCGGUUGGUACGCCAACAACGACAGAGAGGUUUUGAAAUCGCACAUUUCGGACACGCCGUACAAAGCCCGGAUGUACCGGCGGCAUGGUGUUGUGGAAGACCCAUGGAUCACGUAUGAACACCAUGACCACUGCAAAGGACUGUACGUGGAGAACAACCUCGUUCCCCACUGCGGGUCAAAUAAUCUCGGCACAAAGCAUCAGGGCUUGAACGUGUUCAUCCGGCACACCAGGGGUGAUGCAUCAACAUGCAAUAGCGCCGUCGGAUCAGGUUGGUACCUUGUGCGUCGCACAACCUAUGUAUCUUUCAAAGAUACAGAUCAGUUGGUUGGUACCAGUGAGCACGGUCCGGCCCAUCACAAUCCACUGGGGCCUGCCUUCAGCGUGAAGUUCAGCAACUUACCGUUCAAUGAGUUCCUCUUCGCGACCGGGGACUGCGCAAAGUGGAUGAUCAUGAAAAGGUCCGAGGUGCUCGGUUGGUACGCCAACAACGACAGAGAGGUCUUAAAAUCGCACAUUUCGAACACGCCGUACAAAGCCCGGAUGUACCGGCGGCAUGGUGUUGUGGAAGACCCAUGGAUCACAUAUGAACACCAUGACCACUGCAAAGGACUGUACGUGGAGAACAACGUCUAUCCGGACUGUGUAGAGGGCAUGUUUCGAAUCUCCAAAACUCCCGGAGCUCGUCAUGGGGGUUUAAAUGUCUUCAUCCGCAGAACUGCUGAUUGGGAAUCACGUUCAGGUUGGAUAAAUGCAGGUGGCGAUGUGGACAGUUCUUCGACAAGCUCGCUUCAAGCAGCAAAGCACCAUUGUGCUGACAACGGGUCAUGCAAAGGCUUCACAAUGAGUGGCAGCCACUUCCCACGGCAUGUGUGGUACAAGAAUAAGUUCGAUGUGGGCGGAGGGCACCCAUGGGCAUCCUACAAGAAAAUCGAGGUGCCCUUUGCCGCCAUCACUACAGGAACUUGCGAGGUUCACGGAAUGGUGGGCAUUUAUGAUCGAGAGGCUUGCAAGAAAGCCGCUGACCUGCUCGGCUACAGCAUCACCCACAACUUUGCCGGAUGGGGAUCGACCUUCCCAGAUGUGGUCGCAGGAUGCUCCGUGCGUGGGUCAUAUCUUUUCCUGGAGGCUCCAAAGGACACCUGCACCGAGGGCUCCAUCAAAGGAUCCUGUUCCUGCAGGAACUACCCAAACACAUGCCUUUGUCAGGCAGACCCUUGCCGUGGCCAGUCGGACUAUUCUAAGUGCAGGCCCUGCCCCCCGGGCUCCCAUGGCACUUCCCCGGCCACUGGAUGCUCUUGCAGCUCGGGAAGUGGCGCGAUCUUUGCGCAGAAAGACUGGCCCGGAUAUUCGGGCGGAUGCGGCAGCCAGCAGAUCGUUUCCACCAUAACGUCUUCCAGCCAGCAGGUGCAAAAGGUGAAGCCCGCGGAGAGUGUCACCAAGAAGGAGGGUGUCUUGUACGACCUCACCUCGAAGAUUGCAGAGAUGUGCACGAUAGAUGAGUACGACCAUGCCUCUGGCGCUGCCGCCAGGAAGAACAAGGUCUGCAGCAUGAUCCCAGUGAUUGUCGUCGGGGACUACAUGGGAUCGCAGAUCUUGGAUAAGAAGUCAACGCAAAUGGGCGACACCAAAUGUGGGAACUUGCCAGUCGUGAAGACAGAGAAGUAUUUCUUGUUCGGAAUAAAGGUGCCCACAAUUCCGAGCAUUUUUGAAGGUGGCAGCCUUUGCUUUGCCCAGCUCAUGAGUGGAAGCAGUGUGGCCCAUGGAACUGGACUUCUCAUCUUCCAGCCGAAGCUCUUUGUGGGCAACCCGGGCGUCAAGAACUUGCAUGUGCCCGUCCCUGGAACAGGCAAAGCUAUCGAAGCCGCGUCCAAGUUGGUCGACACGGUCGCGGUGGGUGUAAGUUUUCCCUCCUCUGGUGCCCCGAAGAUGGAGAUGGGUUUCUCCAACAAGUUCUGGGAAUGUGAGGGCAAGUGCGACUCGAUGAUGGGUAACAUCUAUGCUGGGGUGAAGCUCGAUCUCGCCGACCUCCUGAAGCAAGAAGGGACGGACAUCGGAGACUUCUCAGUCUUCAUCGACUCCAAGUGCCUCGUCGACUUUGAUCCAGAUCGCAACGGCUUCAUGAGCCAGGUGAGCAAAGUGCCAAUGCUGAACAACUUCAUCAAUGGGAUUCACGGCACCUCUGGCCUCUUGAACCUCUUCACCCCUGAUGAAGCAACCCAGUUCCUCAGGGAGGUCCUGCGAAACGACGUUGCCAUGGGUGUUGACGGCAAGCUUGGGAUCACCAUUCCAUUGAAGAAGUGGUCUCAUGGCAUGUUCCAGGACUUGGACGUGACCGUCGCUUCUGCCUCCACUUUUUUUAGGAAGACCAAGGACGAAAUCGGCCUUUAUGUGAGCGUGGCAGCGGGUGGCCUCGCGAACGACAACAUCAUGGCAGACAUCCAGCAGAAGAUCCUAGACAAGUUUCAGAGCCCUCCCGUACAAGCCGUGGUCGGCCUCCUCGGCAAGGGCAUUGGGGCUGUCGUGGACGUCCUGACGAGCGUCGGGGUGUCAUUCAAGCUGUACAUCAAGAGGCAAUGCAAAACACUGAGGAUCUGGUGGCGCGACUACAGAAUCUGUGAGAACAGCUUCGGACUCAAGUUCGAGGCAACGGUGUUCGAGGCUUUCAUCCAGCAGAAGGGGGACAAGAUGGCAUUCUGCUUUGCCAUCAAGGGCAUCUAUGACAGCUGUGGAAAUGGCUUCGAGAACCUCCUCUUACUCUUACAGGCAGGCGCUCGAAUGGUUGUGAAGGUGGGCAAGGAGAUCGCAGACGCCGCCGACCAGACUUUCAACGCCGCGACGAAGGAGUUGGCAGAGCUAUCGGAAGCGUCUCUGCAGCACGGGGAAGUGGUGGUCGAAAAGAUCGGCCACGGCUUCGAAAAAGGAGCUGAAGCGGCAGCUGAUUUCUUUAAAGCUGGUGGAGCGCACACCAUGAAGAUCACAGGAGAAGCGAAAGACGCCGUGAACAAGGUAGGUGGUCACUUAGAGGACGUGGGCGGUGCUAUCGGCGGCGCUAUCGGCUCCAUUUUCCGCUGA